UUUUUUGUUUUUGGGAAAGAUUUAGUGAUUUUUAGUUGUUGGAGUGGAUUUAGGGUUCGGGCUAUGGAAAUUGGUGUUGCCUGGAAGCCAGGAUCGGUAAUGUAGGCUGUGAUCCGUCUCGUUAGUAGGAUCAGAGCUGCAAGGUGUGAUCGUUUCAGCUCUUCUGAUCUAUUUUUAAGCUUUUUUCUUUUGACUUUUUAUGUUCUUUGUUGGGUUGGAAAUCUGGCCAUGGCUCAGAGUAACUGGGAAGCGGAUAAGAUGCUCGAUGUUUACAUUUAUGAUUAUUUGUUGAAAAGAAAUCUGCAUGCAUCUGCAAAGGCUUUCAUGACCGAAGGAAAGGUUGCUGCAGAUCCAGUUGCAAUUGAUGCUCCUGGGGGAUUUCUGUUUGAAUGGUGGUCCGUCUUCUGGGACAUUUUCAUUGCAAGGACAAAUGAGAAGCAUUCCGAGGUUGCUGCAGCUUAUAUAGAGUCACAACAAAUCAAGGCGAGGGAGCACCAACAGCAGAUGCAAAUGCAGCACUUGCAACUUAUGCAGCAACGGCAUGCUCAAUUGCAACGAAGAGAUCCUAAUCAUCCUUCGCUUGGUGGGCCGAUAAAUGCAAUGAACUCUGAAGGAAUGCUGGGACAGUCUAAUGCUAGUGUCUUGGCAGCAAAAUUGUAUGAAGAACGAAUGAAACAUCCUCACUCAAUGGAUUCAGAUGCGCCGCCACAACUUCUAGAUGCUAGUAGGAUUGCCCUCCUGAAAUCAGCAAACACUCAUCCAGGCCAGUUGGUCCAAGGUAACCCGGGAACUGUCUCUGCAGCACUACAGCAAAUGCAGGCACGAACACAACAGACAACUGACAUCAAGGCAGAACCUAACUUGGGUGUAAACCAAAGAUCUUUGCCGAUGGAACCAUCAUCGCUUUAUGGACAGGGGAUUAUACAGUCAAAAUCCGGACUAGGCAGUGCAGGAUUGAGCCAAGGUGUCAGUGGUCUUCCUUUGAAGGGUUGGCCGUUACAUGGCAUUGAUCAAAUACGGCCAAAUUUAGGUGCACAAGUACAAAAGCCAUUUACACAGAACCCGAAUCAAUUUCAGCUUUUGACUCCACAGCAACAGCAACAGUACUUGGCACAGGCUCAGGCACAAGGCAACCUUGGUAGUGCACCUAACUAUGGAGAUAUGGAUCCUCGAAGAUUUAGGGUUUUACCUAGGAGUAACUUGAACUCAAAAGUUGGUCAACCUACAGGAAAUGAUGGAUCUAUAGGUUCGCCCAUGCAAUCAAGUUCACCAAAGGUUAGAGGGCCUUCUCAAGAUCAAGCAGAAUAUAUCAUGAAGGUACAGAUGAAAAUGGCCCAGAUGCAGCAGUCUUCCUCUCAACAACAGCAGGAUCACCUACAGCAACAACAACUGCAACAGAAUAACAGAAAAAGGAAACAACCAACUUCUUCUGGAGCUGCUAACAGUACUGGUACUGGGACUACAGUGGGCCCUUCCCCUAACUCCCAACCAUCUACUCCAUCGACUCAUACACCUGGUGAUGCGGUGGCUAUGCCUGGUGUUCUACCGCAUGUCAGCAGUAUGUCAAAAAGUUUGAUGAUGUAUGGUCCAGAUGGGACAGGCCUUGCAUCAUCUUCAAAUCAGCUGGAGGACAUGGAACAUUUUGGAGAUGUUGGUUCAUUGGAUGAUCAUGUGGACUCAUUUCUUUCGCCUGAUGAAGGAGAUGGAAGGGAUCUUUUUGGCACAUUAAAACGAAGUCCAGCUGAGCAUAAUACAGAAUCUACUAAGGGUUUUAGCUUCGGUGAAGUUGGCUGCAUACGGACAAGCAAUGGCAAAGUUGUCUGCUGUCAUUUCUCAUCAGAUGGAAAAUUGUUGGCUAGUGCAGGACACGAGAAGAAGGCUGUUCUUUGGAACAUGGACACUCUGCAAACGGAGAGCACUCCAGAGGAACACACUCUUAUCAUUACAGAUAUUCGUUUUAGACCAAAUUCAACUCAGCUAGCUACAUCUUCAUUUGAUAGAACUGUGCGACUUUGGAAUGCAACAGAGCCAAGCUACUCUUUACAUACAUAUGCUGGUCAUAAUUCACAUGUGAUGUCACUUGAUUUCCACCCGAAGAAGACAGAUGUUUUCUGCUCUUGUGAUGGUAAUGGCGAAAUUCGCUUUUGGAAUGUCAACAAUCAAUAUUCAUGUACAAAGGUUUUCAAGGGAGGCAUGGCACAGGUGAGGUUUCAGCCUAGAAUUGGGCAGCUACUAGCAGCAGCAGCUGAGAAUGUUGUGUCCAUUUUUGAUGUUGAGAGUGACAGGCAGACACAGUCCUUACAGGGGCAUUCAAAAGAGGUAAACUCAAUCUGCUGGGAUACAAAUGGAGAUUAUUUGGCAUCUGUGAGUCAGGAUUGUGUGAGGGUGUGGUCUUUAACUUCAGGCGAGUGCAUACAUGAGCUUAGCUCCAAUGGGAACAAAUUCCACUCCUGUGUCUUUCAUCCUCGUUAUUCCACACUCUUGGUGAUUGGGGGUUACCAGUCGUUGGAGCUGUGGAACAUGGCUGAGAACAAGAGCAUGACGGUUCCUGCACACGAGGGCCUGAUUGCAGCAGUGGCUCAGUCACCUGUCACUGGGAUGGUUGCCUCUGCAAGUCAUGACAAAUCCGUUAAGCUAUGGAAAUAAAAUGGUUGGUUUGGCCCCCCCACCCCCCCAAAAAAAAAUAUCCCCACGGUCUAAGAGCAUUUGGUGUUGCCCAGUCAAUUCCCAGUGUAAAUUAGAAAAAUUGCCAAAAUGUAUGAUUGUU